GCCGCACCUCCGAAGAACCAUUCAACCAUCACCAGUGUCCACCGGAUCAACCUUAUCAGCCAUUGACGUUCCCCAUGCGUCCCCGCAACCCCCUCCGUCAGCUCCCACGCCGGCCACUACUCGGUGACAUCCUCCGCUGUCCGCACCGCCUCGCACCCACCACCUCCGCCCAGCUCCCCUCCUCCUCCUCCUCCUCUCUCCCACCACAGCACCAACAGCGCAGAGCCAUCUACGUUCCGAAAUUCCUCCAGGGCAGCGCAGAAGUAACGAAAGAUGUGACAGGAAUGCAGACGCUAGUUGCGCUGGUCAACCACCUGGACAAAAAACUGGGUGCGGCGCCCUCUCCCGAGGCGAUCGCGGUAGCGUUCACGAGACUCGUCGAGAGCUACUAUCCCCGCGUCAUGCGCGAUUCUUAUGUUACACUUGCGGCGAGGGCAUACGAGUACAUACGCACGCACGGCCUGAGGUUCGAGCCGGCGGUGCUGAGGAAAGCGCUGGUGACCCUGCCGGGUCAGAGUCCGAAGCAGCUAGCACUGGCGAGGGAGGUGUGGAAGGAUCUGGUGGGGAGCGAAGGCUUCGUUGCGACUGGGGAUGAUGUUUACUGCUAUAUUGUGGCACUCAAUGCCGCGGGAUUCCCGGAGGAGGCGGUGGAAGUUGCGAAGCAGUGGUCGGGAAGCUUGGAGGAGGGGGCUAGGCGAAAAAUAUGGGAGAGGACGUUAGAGGGGCUUGGGAAGGAGGGGAAGGAGCAGAAACUAAUGGAGACGUUGGAGGACUUGCUUGCCAAGGAGACGGGAGCAGCGGCAGCACAACUCUACUAUCAUCCUGUGGUAUACUACUGCAAGCGGGAUGAUCUGGAGAAUGCGAAGCUGUGGUAUGACAGGGCGGUUGCGGUACUCUCGGAUGGAGGGACCAAUACGAUCCGCGUUUAUCUCAGCUUACUCAAAGCGUGUUUACGCAGCGGACAGUUUGAAUGGGGGAAGGAGAUAUUAGGAACACUAUUGACGAGACAUGCGAAGGACCCUGCCAUCAAGAUGGGAUUGGGAGCUUGGGAUACGGUGUUGGAAUUCGCAGCCAGAACGUCGGAAGGCACUGAAGAGGUGAACCAGCUUCUCGACAUCAUGGCUUCUCGGGCUGGAAAAGGCGGUCAGCCACCAUCCGCAGAAACAAUCAACACCCUUCUCGAAACCGCCAUAUCAUUGAACAACCACGAAAUGGUUGAUCAAAUCUUUUCCAUCUUCUCCGCGCGGGGCAUAGAGCCCAAUCGAACCUCACUCGAACUACAGCUCAAGAGUUUGACCUUGCGUGGCGACCACGACGGUGCAAUGACGGUUUUUGAAAGCCUCAAAUUCACCCAUGAUGUGCCCAAAAACUACACGGCCGAUAUCCCGCAGGACCUGUUGCGUGUGGUAGCAGAAAAAUACCCCGACUGCAACCUCCCUCGACUAAUAACCCUCUACAAAGACCUCAUCGAGAUGAAGAUACAUCUCAAUUGCGCCACCCUCGUUGCAAUGCUUAACGUUCACCUCGAAGAAGCCGCCUUCGCCGGCGCUAGAGACCUCCUUAAGCGAGAAGUCGGCUUCUUCUCAACCGCCGAGCGAGAAACCGUGAUCCAAAAGAUCAUCGAAUUCACUCACCGAGUGACUACACCAAACGAGGACGCAUGGGAAGCCUACCUGCUACUAGUCCGCGUCUUCACUGAGACUUCUAUCAAGGACCGUGGGCGGAUGAUGAACCUCUUCUUCGAGCUUGGUAAACCCGUCGCCGCCGUCCGAGUGCUCGAGCACAUGACACGAACCGAAGACCGCAAACCCACUAAAUAUGAAUACACGGCUGCCUUCAUCGGUAUUGGCCAAACUCGAUCUGUCGAGAAUAUCCACCCCGCCCAUAGACUACUCAACAUGGACCCGUAUGUCGAGAUUGAUACCACCCUCCUCAAUGCAUUGAUGUACGCCUACAUCCGCUGCGGGAUGACGGAGCGUGCCUUCUUCGUAUACGAGGAGAUUGCACGCAGUGUUGAAGGACCAGAUAAUACCACCAUCUCACAUGUAUUCAAUGCCUGUGGACGGUCGGACAAGGGCCUCAAGAAGGCGCAGGGGCUGUGGGCACGGUAUAUUCGCCAGGGAGUGAAGAUGACGCAGGAGAAUGUGGCCGCCUACAUCGAGGCUCUCGCUAAAUUAGAGCGCUGGGAUGAGGUAUUGAAGGUUAUUGCUAGCUUAGAGGCAACUUUAGGUUUUAAGCCUGGGCACAACGUCCUUUUAACCCUCCACUCAACCUUCGACCGCACCCGCCUCCUCAAACUUGAGGAGUGGUUAGAAAAGGACUUCCCGGAAACGUGGCCUAGCGUGAAGGAGGAGCUCAACGCCAAUCUCCCGCCGCCAAAUGAACUAGGCGAGUUCUUACCGCCAGACGAGCUUGCCUUCUUGGAACCAGAGAUGCCGGAGGAACAACCAGUGUUUAAGUCCUCGCUAAAUAUUCGGGGGAGUGAGGGGUUCGAUGCAGAAAGGGCGGGGAGGGAUAGGGAGGCGUUCGAGAAGAGGGUGGGGAACUAG